AAACCUACAAAAAUAAAUAAAAAAUAAAUAAAAAUCACCAUCCCGGAUAAAAUCAUCCAAGCUGCGAAGGUGCAUUUGAUUAUAGGUUACAAUAUGUAUCUUUUUUUCCUAAAAAUCUAAAAAUGGACGAAGCAGAUCGGGCUCAGUCAACGAGUCUUAUCGUACCGGUAUCGGAAACGGCGUCGGGUUCGGGGGUGCGCGAGGCGGAGGAGGUGGACGAUGACGAUCGGCGACCUCCUCAACCCUUUCCUCAGCGUAGCACCGCCGUAUACGACGAUCGGCGACAUCCUCAACCCUUUCCUCAGCGUAGCACCGCCGUAUACGACGCUUAUCCUCCACAUUUCCAGCCAACAAACAAUGAUGAGACGGUGCAAUCUUCCUCAGACGACACUUGGUCUUGUGUUGUCGUUGUUACUACCUUCUGGUUCUUCGUGUCUAUGACUUUGAUAUGGGGGGUUUAUGGGACAUCAAAUUUGCAGCUUGGACCAAAUUCAUCAAUUAUGAUAAAACCUAAUCCAUUGUUUGUGGAGCAAAUAACGGUGGAGGAGAUAGAUAAUGCAAAAGGUGGACCAAUGCUGUAUGGACUUUACAGAAAUCCCCCCCUUGAUAUUGUGGAUACUUGGUCUGAAGCUUAUAAAACCUCUCUCCCAGCAAACACUCACAAGGAAUGGACAUAUUAUUUCAAUGCAGGAUCACAAAUAAGUAUUUCAUAUAAUGUGAAUUCACUCAGUUCAUCUUCUUUAGUCCUGGUAAUUGCCCAAGGAAGUGAGGGUCUAGCUCAGUGGCUUGAAGACCCAUCUUAUCCAAAUGGUGCCUUUUCAUGGAACUUGAUUCAUGGAAAUGGCACAAUCCGGCAGGAUAUACUCAAGUCGUCUAGUUAUCAUGUUGCAGUGGGUAACUUAAACUCCGAAAUGGUAGAGGUGCACUUGAACAUCAUGAUAAAGGCUUUUCUCUAUAGUACUAAUGAGGCUUACUACAAAUGUAGAAUCACACAGAAUCAAUGUGGGUUGAGUCUUUUUUUCCCCGGUGGAAAUGUUGCUCUUCUGACAUCUCCUAGCCAGAGACCAGAUACAGCUGAUAGUGUGUGGACUGUCAAGCUUUCCUAUGGACCUCGAUGGAUCACAUACUUUCUUGGCAUAGGUGGAACGUGUUUUCUUGUGUUCCUGGCCCAGCGUAUCCUAAAUAAUCUGCAUCGUAGAGCACAAUUAGAAGAUACUGGAUCUGAACGGGUCCCUAUGCUUUCGGACAAACAAGAUGACAACUUGAGUUUGGGUUCUUCUUACUGUUCUCUUUCUCAAGAUGAUGAGGAUGCUGAAGAGCCAACAAGCAGCAGUACGCUUGAUGGGAAGCCAGUAAAAGACAGUGAGCAGAGCGAUAUGCGUCAUCUCUGUGCAAUUUGCUUUGAUGCACCAAGGGACUGUUUCUUCCUCCCAUGCGGACACUGCUUGUCCUGUUUUGAAUGCGGAACCAAGAUAGCAGAGACGGCUGGUACUUGCCCUGUAUGUCGCAGGCGCAUGAAGAAGGUGAAGAAGAUAUAUACUGUUUGAACAUCCCUUAUGGACUUGCCACCUCUGUCGCCAAUCUGCUGUGUAUAUACUGUUUGUAUCAUUGUAUUCUUGUCAAUGUGAUAGGCAGGCCCUCUGCCCUUUCCGCCCACCGGUAGCCUUUUCUUAUAAGGGAAACACGUAUUUUUUCUGUGACUGACUUGAAUAUUUGAAGCUGCGCCCAACGUCGGACGACUUUGUACUUCUCAGUGAUAGUGAGGUGGUUCAAAGAUACCAGGUUGGUGAUGAUAGUUAAACGAUGUAUAUUGAACUUGUAAAACCCCUAGUAUUUUUUUUUUUAAUGUUAUCCUGCAACGUUUAUUUGUCU